AUGGCGUCCAGAGCCCCAGCUCUCGCACCUCAGGAGAAGGAUGCCCUGCCAACGUCGCAGGAGGUCAGCUUCAGUCGAAAGUCGACGUUCACGGAGGAGAGUGAUGCUCCCCGCUGGAGCAGGAGCUCGUGGGGCGCCGCCACCUCACCCAAGUUUCUGGGCAACGAGGUGCUGUCCACCAGCACGGACCUGAAAAACCACAAGUCCGGCGUCCAGCCCCUGCCGCCGAAGAAAGACAAGAAGGGCGCGCUGAGUGGCGUGUUUGUGCCGACCUGCGAAAACAUGUGGGGCGUGCUGAUCUUCCUGCGGUUCUACUACAUAGUAGGACAGGCGGGUAUCUGGCAAACGUUGUGCGCCGUGGGGCUUUCCUUUGCCGCGGCCUUUUGCACGACUGCUGCGAUGUCCUCCAUUGCCUCCUCUGGCGGCCUCGUGAGCUCAGGGGGGCCCUACUACAUGAUCUCGCGCGCUCUGGGACCUGUUGUGGGGGCCACUAUUGGCGUGAUGUACUGGCUUGCGAUUACCAUGCUGUCCGUCCUGGAGUGCCUGGGAGCCGUCGAGGCCUUGGCGAUGGCGGCACCCUCGGUGCAGUUCCCCGGCUACCGGCAGGCGAUCGGCUCGUCGCUGCUGGCGGCGUUGGCCCUGGCGGUGUGGGGAGGGAUCAACAUCGUGACCAAACUGGGCCUCUUCUUCGCGCUGGUGGUGGUCUACACGAUCUUCAGCUUCUACUUGGGCCUCUUCCAAGCUGGACCCUCGGAUGUGUCCAGCCCUGGCAGUGACAUGAUCACGGGCCUCAGCUGGGAGACAUUUCAAGCGAACUGGGGCCCGCACUACGACCCGGGGAUCAACUUCGGGGUCGUCCUCAGCCUUUUCUACCCUUGCUUCACAGGCAUCCUCAGCGGAGCAAACAGAGCCGACGUGCUGAAGGACCCGCCGCGCAACAUCCGGCUGGGCACCUUCGCCGCGAUCCUGUUUAGCCUGGUGCUGUACUCCUCUUUCUUCCUCCUUUGGGGAUCGGUGGCGUCGGACAGGUACCUGAAAGGCGACUUUCUGCACCACACCGAUGACCACCACGGGCGGAGGCUCAUGAGCGCCGGGAUUUCUCCGGAGGCGAGCCGCCACAUCGUGCAGACAGUUGUUUGGAAUCCUUUUCCCAACUCGGCUUUCAUCGGUAUCAUCCUCUGCUCCUUGAGCCAGUCACUGCAGUGCCUGAUUGUGGCCCCACGCCUCCUGCAGAACAUGGCAAAGGAUCGCCUCAUGCCAGCCCUCCGCGUGCUGGAGCCGCUGAGCCCGAGCGGGGAGCCCACCCGGGCGCUGCUGUUCACGUACCUGGCGGCCGCGCUUCUGGUCCUGAUCGGACAGCUCGAGCUGGUGGCACCUCUCUUGACCAUGUGCCGUUGCAAGCCAGGCAAUGUCACCGCGCCUUUGAAGGUAGAGGAAUGCAUCGAGGGCCGCUUCAUGAAGGCGGCCACGGGCCCCGCAGCCGCCAAAGGACGAGGCCAGGAGAGCGCAAAAGAAUUGCUCCAGCAGCUGCCUGUGGCGCUGGGCGGGUACCGACCGGGGCACAACGACACGGCCCCCGGCCGAGUCGAACCGCGAGAAGGUCACAAGCAGCGCGGCGAGUUAUCGAGGGCGCACCGUGGAGCUUCCCACGAGCCUCCGUGGGUGCAGCAGCCGAACCGGAAGGGUGCUCGUGCGGAUGUGGCUGUGGUACCUCCGUGGGCGCAGGACACCUUCACCAUGCCCUUCCCGCGGAAGCGCGAGGGUGAAGCGCACCGGAAACGCCACCAGAGCUUACCGGAGGAGGAUCUUCGGCCGAAGAAUGGUGACACCACGCUUUUUGGUGCGCCGCCGCAGGACCACCGCCACGCGCAGCACCACGCACACCAGCAUGCGAUUCCGAUGCCGAAAGCAAGGGACGGGACGGCGGUGGCGUAUGUCAGCAAAGCGGCUGAGCCCAACUCCCAGUACCGCGCUUACAUGGAGGACAAGUACUGUAUCAUCGACCCCUUCAUGGAUGGGGAGCUUGGAAAUGAAACGUGGGCCUUCUUCGCGGUCUACGACGGGCACGGCGGAGUGCUUGCCGCAGAGCACUGUGAGGCAGAGCUCCACAAGGUGCUUGCCUCCGAGCUCCGCGUGGCUCUGAAGAGUGCGCCCAAGCGUCCGAGCUCCCCCCUGCGAGACGAGGUAGUGGCUGAGGCCCUCACGCGGACCUUCCAGAAGGCCGAUGACCAGCUACGUCAGGUCGGUGCGUGGCGCUUUGGCUGCACGGCCACCGUGGCUUUGGUGCGGAGGCUGCCCCAGGGCAUGCGCGUCCACGUCGCCAACGUCGGCGACUCCCGCGCCCUCACUGUCGAUGGCUCGGGAGGAUCCCAGCGGCUCUCUGUGGACCAUCGGCCGACCGAUGCCGCAGAGGCGCGGCGCAUCCGCGAGGAGGGCGGCUUCGUGACCAUGGGUCGCGUCUCAGGUGAGCUCGCAGUGAGCCGGGCUUUGGGGGACUUGCUUCUGAAGAACUCAGGAAGUGGCCAAAGUUGUCGUGUCCUGCAGCAGCUUUGGCAGACAUUCUGGUGCUUCUUGAUGGCCUAUGCCUUCAUGAACCUGUCUUGCUUCACGCUGACGUGGCUGCACUCCUCCACGUGGCGCCCCUCAUGGAUCCACCAGCGCCGCUGCCGCGUGCUGAACCUGAUCAGCUGCGGGCUGGGCUUCCUCAUCUGUGUGGCUAUCAUGAUCAUCGUGAACCAUCUUUGGGCGCUCACAGCAUGCUUGGUGGCCGGCGGCCUCUACCUCUUCGUGAACUGGAAGGUGGAGGCCAAGGAGUGGGGCAGCGCCAUGGAUGGCAUCACCUUCAGGCUGGCGCUGAGUGCCUUGGUGCGACUGGAGCAGUCCCAAUACCAGCACGUGAACUGGCGGCCUCAAGUCUUGAUCAUCUACAGCAUCCCCCAAACAGCAGAGGGAACCCGAUGCCACGAGGGGAAUCUCCGCUUUGCGUCGCAGCUUCGCAAGGGAAGGGGCUUCUGCAUGGUGGCCUGCGUUCUCGAGUCAGAUCCGGGCGAUACCAAGGCGCAGCUGCAGGCCGCGAAGGAGAAGCAGAUCAUCAAGGACCUCAUGGACAAGGAGGGCAUCGAAGGCUUUGCCGAAGUCGUGGUUGCCCCGAACAUGGCCGAAGGUGCGCACUACAUCAUCCAGCUCACGGGCAUCGGCGGGCUCGUGCCGAACACGGUGAUGCUCGACUGGCCGGAGGACCGGGACGACUCGACGAGCCAAGACUUCGUAAAGAUCCUCAGCAACGCGUACUCUGCGGACAAGGCCGUCAUUGCCGUCAAGGGCUUGAAGGACAUGCCCCUGGAGGAGGUGAAAGGCCCUCGAAGCACCAUCGAUGUCUGGUGGAUGAUCCACGAUGGCGGUUUCCUCAUCCUUCUUUCCUGGCUUCUGACACAGCAUCGGAACUGGAGACAAAGCCAAAUCCGUGUUUUCACGUUGGCGGAGGAUGUGUCGGAGGAGAAGGCCAAGGCGGCCGGAGAGUUCCUCUCCAGGACGCUGCGGGAACGGCGCCUGUUUGACGUCGAGGUUGAGGUGAUCCUGGCGGAUGAUGCGAUGAUUCAGCCCUACACGUACGACUGGACGUGGCGCGUUGAGGGACGCCAUCAGUUCCUCUCUUCGCUGCGCGUGGCGCCAGCUGCAGCAGAAUCGAUCCCGCUGGAGAUCGACGACCUCUUCGUCGUGGACGAGGGGCGCUCCUGUGUUGAGGCGGACCCCCCUUGCCGCUCCAGCACAUCUGCAAGGAGCUUCGACAGUGGAUGCGUGGAAUCGGAGGAUAGCCAGCCUGGCAAUGUGGUGGUCAGCGACUGCCGCACGGAGCGUUCCGCCAAGGAGACGGCGCAUGUCAUGCGUAAUCGGCGCGUGAGCCAGCCGCCCUUGCCGGUGUGCGCGCGCCUCCUCCCGUCGGCCCCCGAGUUCACCAACCUCGAGUCGUGCGCGCGGCUGAACCAGGUGGUGCUCUCGCGGUCGAGCCAGGCAGAUCUGGUCGUCCUGAAUCUGCCGGACCCGUGGGGCACCGAGGCGCACAAAGCGCGCGCCUUCAUGACCUACUGCAACACGCUCACUGCAGGCUUGCGGCAUGUGAUGUUCGUGCACUCCAGUGGCCAUGAGGUCUUCGACCUCUCAAACUAG